UCCAUCGGGAAUACACACAGAUAUUUGCCUUUGCAGCCUGAACCUCUGCAGCCGGCCCAGCCCAGGCUCAUGUAUAUUGCAUGCUAGCAGCUGGAAGAGCUCCUGUCCCUGGGGAUGUGAGCAGGAUCCAGUCCUGAUGCGGAUGUGAGCUCCCUGGCUGUGUUUUGUGCUCAGCUCAGAGGGAGGCAGGGGGGAGCUGGAGCAGCAUUUUUUGCCAGGAAAGCUCACAUUGCAAGCAACACAAGCCCCGCAUUUGCAUGGAUCAUCUAAUCUAGGUAGGUAGAAGAAAGCCAUCACCAGAUCGUAAGGCAAGCACUGUCCAGCCUUGCUGACCCCCCCUCACCAGGAUUACAUGUGGAUCUUUAAGAGCAUUUGCCUGCAGGAGGACACCCCCCUUGUUUUCCCUUAGAAAAGCAGCAAGAAAUCCAUGUAUUGAGUGGGUGUCGCAGGAGGGAAGGCAGAGGAAAGGUAAUAGAGGACAGCCAGAGAUCCCUACUAUCUCCAUUGAUUAGCAGGGAGAGGUGGCAUUGCUGCUGCUGCUAGGGUUUUACCCUGUAAUUCUCACCCAUCAUGGUUGUGUUCAAUGGCUUGCUGAAGAUUAAGAUUUGUGAGGCUGUCAAUCUGAAGCCCACAGCCUGGUCAUUAAGACAUGCGGUGGGUCCAAGACCCCAGACCUUCCUGCUGGACCCUUACAUUGCUGUGAACGUGGAUGACUCCAGGAUAGGACAGACCUCCACCAAGCAGAAGACCAACAGCCCUGCCUGGCACGAUGACUUCUCUACCGAUGUCUGCAAUGGGAGGAAGAUCGAACUGGCUGUCUUUCAUGAUGCCCCUAUAGGGUACGAUGACUUUGUGGCCAAUUGCACCAUUCAGUUUGAGGAUCUGCUGCAGAAUGGGAGCCGGCACUUCGAGGACUGGAUUGACUUGGAGCCGGAGGGGAAAGUAUACGUUAUCAUCGAUCUUUCUGGGUCCUCAGGUGAAGCACCCAAAGAAAAUGAAGAAAGAGUGUUCAGGGAGAGGAUGCGCCCUAGGAAGCGUCAGGGUGCUGUGCGGCGCAGGGUCCACCAAGUUAACGGGCAUAAGUUUAUGGCAACGUACCUUAGACAACCAACAUACUGUUCACACUGCAGAGAUUUUAUAUGGGGAGUCAUAGGAAAACAGGGAUACCAAUGCCAAGUUUGCACUUGCGUAGUUCAUAAGAGAUGCCACGAGCUUAUUAUAACGAAGUGCGCUGGUUUAAAGAAACAGGAAACCAACGAUGAGGUUGGCUCCCAACGUUUUAGCGUCAAUAUGCCUCACAAGUUCAGUAUCCAUAACUACAAAGUACCUACGUUUUGUGACCACUGUGGUUCUUUACUCUGGGGCCUCAUGAGGCAAGGUUUACAAUGCAAAGUCUGUAAAAUGAACGUACAUAGACGCUGUGAAUCUAAUGUAGCACCAAACUGUGGAGUGGAUUCUAGAGGAAUAGCAAAAGUAUUAGCCGAUCUUGGCGUAACACCAGAUAAAAUCACCGCCGCAGGCCAGAGAAGGAAAAAGUUAAUUGCAGGCGCAGAAACACAACAGCCAGUUCCUGGGGGUCCAUCUGUUGAAGAUGACAGGUCGAAAUCAGCUCCCACGUCUCCAUGCGAUCAGGAAAUUAAAGAACUUGAAAACAACAUCAGAAAAGCUUUGUCCUUCGAUAAUCGAGGUGAAGAACAUAAAGCAGCAGGCACCACGUCAACAGAGAGCCAGCUGCCGAUUCCCGGGGAAAAUGGCGAGAAUGGGGAGAUCAAAAUUCAUCAGACGAAGAAGAUAGGUCUGGAAGAUUUCAAUUUUAUCAAAGUAUUAGGAAAAGGCAGUUUCGGAAAGGUCAUGCUCGCUGAGUUGAAAGGGAAAGACGAGGUAUAUGCUGUGAAAGUCCUUAAGAAAGAUGUGAUUUUACAGGAUGAUGACGUAGAUUGCACUAUGACAGAGAAAAGGAUCUUGGCACUGGCACGAAGACAUCCUUACCUAACGCAACUCUACUGCUGCUUUCAGACUAAGGAUCGCCUCUUUUUUGUCAUGGAAUAUGUGAACGGAGGAGAUCUAAUGUUUCAGAUUCAACGUUCGCGUAAGUUUGAUGAACCUCGGUCGCGAUUUUAUGCAGCAGAAGUGACCUCAGCUCUCAUGUUUCUUCAUCAACAUGGUGUUAUAUACAGGGAUCUUAAACUGGACAACAUACUUCUGGAUGCAGAAGGUCAUUGCAAACUCGCUGACUUUGGGAUGUGUAAAGAAGGAAUAUUGAAUGGAGUUACUACUACAACAUUUUGUGGUACCCCAGACUACAUUGCACCAGAGAUAUUGCAGGAGUUAGAGUAUGGACCAUCUGUGGACUGGUGGGCUCUCGGCGUCCUGAUGUAUGAAAUGAUGGCCGGCCAACCUCCUUUUGAAGCCGACAAUGAAGAUGACCUCUUUGAAUCCAUCCUUCACGAUGAUGUCCUGUACCCAGUUUGGCUCAGUAAAGAGGCUGUCAGCAUUCUGAAAGCAUUUAUGACAAAGAAUCCCAACAAGCGAUUAGGAUGUGUUCCAUCGCAGGGACUGGAAGAAGCCAUUAAACAACAUCCUUUCUUUAAAGAGAUUGACUGGGUACUUUUGGAGCAAAGGAAAAUCAAGCCGCCUUUUAAGCCUCGAAUUAAAACCAAACGUGACGUAAACAACUUUGACCAGGAUUUCACACGAGAAGAACCUGUUCUAACACUGGUGGAUGAAGCCAUAGUAAAGCAAAUCAAUCAGGACGAAUUUAAAGGAUUCUCUUAUUUUGGAGAGGAGCCGCUGGCCUAAAGUGGAUCCUACGCUGGCCGUUCUUCAAGCAGUAGUCCUAUGGAGACAGACACGUGACUGAGAUUCAGCGGAUCCUUACAAUCUUGUUCUAUUAUGAGCCUGCUCGUGUAAAAAUGCUAUUUAUUGUUGUUCAUUUUAUUAAACUGAAGGCACUCCUAAUUUCUGUCUUACAGAGCAAUGCAAAACCAUGUUUUCUUUCAGUAACUGUAACACACUGCCAUGUCUGUGACCACGGUGUACUAGACAAUCUUACAAAAUAUAUAUAUAUAUAUUUUAAUUUUAACAUACAGCAAACAUGACAGGGACAAGAAGCAGGGCAGGUAUGAGUACUGAAUGUGUCGCGUAUCCUUUUCAGUGGUUCACUUGAAGCCACUUCCACUGAUUUGUGCACCAACGUGGAGAAAUAGCUGUUUUUAUGCUGAUACCCCACACAGAUCAGUAAAACAUGAAAUUACUGCAAAAGGAUAUGUUUACUCUCUAGAGAGUCAAAAUGUGAAAACGCACACCUUUUUUUUUUUCUUUCUUUUUUUCUCACUCGUGUAAACACACACGCGCACUCUGGCACACGUACACUCAGAUAAAAAUAAAAUGGUCCGUUACAAUGAAUCCUGUGUGGAUCUAUACCCCAUAGUGCCCAAGGAACUCAUUGCAGUGUAAAAGUCAUGCUGUGUAUUACACGUUCAUUAAAGCACAUUUUGGGGCUAUGAACAAAGCCAUUGGGUUUUUUUAGGCAGCUUCACAAGGGCUUUUUUUCCUUAUAUUAAACCAUUCUAGUGAACUUUAAUGCAACACAUUUCCCGUGACCUGACACUAUUUACCGGCAUUCCUUAACCCUUUACAGUGGCUGGGGUUACUUCAAUAUUUAAUAGUUCUGUGGUUCUGCUACCACCCAGCCGCCCUCCACAGUAAAGGGACAUUGAAAUACGGUGCAUUGCAAUUGCCUUUAGUUACGCAAUCCUUUUAUUUAUUGAAUGGUCCUGCAAAAAAAUGUGUUCUUCAUAGGAAAAAAAUAUGUUUAGAAUUUUGAGGGACACAGCUAAAAAAAAAAAAAAAAAGGAAUGCAAAUCAAGGCUUACCGAUGUCAAUUCAGUUUUUGUCUACUGAAUUCUACAUUUCCCUGAACCUUUAACCCUUUGGCUUCCAGGAGUGGGGUGUGAGUCUCACCGUUAUGCAGUUGUGCAUAAAGGAUUAGGCAGUUACAGUGCAUUGUAUUGCUUUUGCACACAUUAAUUAGAACUUGGCACUAUUGUGUGUGUUUUUAAAAUCUUUCUUUUUGUUAAGACUUCUUUUUUUUUUUUUGUCUAAUGUGACAAAGUGAUACGCAGAAUGAAAACAAACAAAAAAAUGGAUAGAAUUAGAAUCCAGGAUUUCACACUUAUGGGGGAGUGUGCAUAUGAUCAAAAUAUUGUGAAGAGGUGUAAAUUAAUUUUUAGGUGUGUGUGUAUGGAGAAGGAGAGGAGUUACCGUUUGUUAGAUGCGCUAACAGUGUUAUGUUUGUGUGUACAUGUAUUGCAUUUGAUGAUGUAUUUUACUGGACUGGUAACUAAGCAGUUCAAAAGAUUCAUUUAAAUAGCUUAUGUCACGGAUAGACAGCCUGGUCCUCUUGUGCUAGCUGGGAAUAAUGGGAGUCGGAGGCGUACAGUAACUGGUUGUCCACCCUUGACUUGACAUGAAUCUUCUGCUUCUUGAAAAUAAAAAAAAAAACACAUAAUAAAUAAAUAUAUGUUAGUGGCAAAGUGGCACUAAAUAAGCUUUUUUUGCCUUUUUGUACAGGUGAGAUUUUGUAAAUAGUGUUUGCUGCAAGGCCUGUGGAGUCUUAUUCAUUAUAGAGGUAUUAAACUGCUGCAUGUUCAGGCAUAUUAUAAAAUGUUAGUCCAUGGAAAACAUUAAUUAUAAUAAGGUCAAUGUGCAAUACUCUGUAUGUGUAUUGGUUCAAGUCUCUGUGAGAGAUUAUUAUUAUUAUUAAUAUUAUUUUUGUUUGUUUUUAAAGAUGUAAACAUAUAUUAUGCUACCAGAUCUCUUGUAUAGUACUUCUGAAAUUUAUAACUGAACGAAUAGGAAAGAAUCACAGAUAAUGUACUGACAUAAAAGCAACUGUGCUAGCACCACGGGCAAGUUUAAAUGUGUUUUUUUAAUUUUAUUGUUUUUAGUGUUAAUGAUUUUGUGUUUUACAUCCACUACCUACGUUUUCCCUAGUUAUUUUCUAAGAAAGAAGAAAAA